CGCACCGGAAGCGCUUGAGUUCUUUUCCGGUCUGCAGGUCCGCGCUGUGUGAGGGUGUGCUGUAGCUGCGCGGUGUUGGAGCGGAUAAAAUGAGCGUUCCGGCUUUUAUAGACAUCACCGAGGAGGACCAGGCCUCAGAGCUGCGGGCCUACAUCAAAUCUAAAGGAGCGGAGAUCUCUGAGGAGAACUCUGAGGGAGGUCUGCAUGUAGACCUGGCUCAGAUCAUCGAGGCGUGCGACGUCUGCCUGAAAGAUGAUGAUAAAGAUGUGGAGAGUGUGAUGAACAGCAUCGUGUCUCUGCUGCUGAUCCUGGAGACGGAGAAGCAGGAGGCUCUGAUAGAGAGUCUGUGUGAGAAGCUGGUGAAGUUCCGGGAAGGCGAGCGGCCCUCUCUCAGGAUGCAGCUCCUCAGUAACCUGUUCCACGGUAUGGAUGAGAACACGCCUGUGAGGUACAUGGUGUACUGCAGUCUGAUUAAGGUGGCCGCCACCUGCAACGCCAUCAACUUCAUCCCCACCGACCUGGACCAGGUGCGGAAGUGGAUCAUCGACUGGAAUCUGACCACAGAGAAGAAGCACACGCUGCUGAGGCUGGUGUAUGACGCUCUGGUCGACUGCAAGAAGAGUGAACCUGCAGCUAAAGUGAUGGUGGAGCUUCUGGGCAGCUACACAGAGGAUAAUGCAUCCCAGGCUCGAGUAGAUGCCCACAGGUGCAUUGUCCGUGCUCUGAAAGAUCCGAACACGUUUCUGUUUGAUCAUCUCCUGGCUCUGAAACCCGUACGUUUCCUCGAGGGAGAACUCAUCCACGAUCUCCUGACCAUCUUCGUGAGUGCGAAACUGGUGUCCUACGUCAAAUUCUACCAGAGCAACAAAGACUUCAUCGAUUCUCUUGGUCUGUCACAUGAGCAGAACAUGGCGAAGAUGAGGCUGUUGACCUUCAUGGGCAUGGCGGUGGAGAUGAAGGAGAUCUUGUUCGAUACGAUGCAGCAGGAGCUGCAGAUCGGCGCUGAGGACGUGGAGGCCUUCGUCAUUGAUGCUGUUCGGACGAAGAUGGUGUAUUGCAAAAUUGACCAGACGCAGAGGAAGGUCGUUGUGAGCCACAGCACACACCGCACCUUCGGUAAGCAGCAGUGGCAGCAGCUGUACGACACCCUCAGCUCCUGGAAACAGAACCUGGUCACCGUCAAGUCCAGCCUGCAAACCCUCUCUCCAACCCCCUAACUCCACCUGCUCUGCUGAGCUUACACCCGUUUCAGUUUUCAUAUAUAUGCACAGCUAAUAAACGACAAAUGAAGACCAGA